AGAGGUUACCAGAACCAGGCCAGGAUGGGCCUCAAGUGCCAAGCUGGGGAGCUGACACCGUCCUGAGGGUGUGAUGAGGAAGGGUUUUGAGCUGGGGAGGAACCUGGAGGAUGUAAGUCAGAAAGACCCCUCCAGCCACGCCGAGAGGAAGUCCCCACCAUACACUGAGACCUUGGCGGGGUCACUUCCUUUUGUGUCUCCUCUCUUCUGUAAACGGGGGAGAAGAUUGCCCCCGCCCCACAAAGGCUAGUGCGUCCCUUCCGAGUCAGGCAUUAGUGAGCUCCCAGGUGGUGUGAAGCCCCACUCCUCUUCUGCCUGGUUUCCACUUUAUUCCACAAACAUUUAUUAAGCACUUACCAUGCACCAGACACUUUCUCCGCCCUGGGGCCACAUCAGAAGGUCUUUGACCCCCCUGAGGAGUUGGAGCGGAAGGUAUGGGAGCUGGCACAGCUGGUCUGGCAGUCCUCCAACGUGGUGUUCCACACGGGCGCGGGCAUCAGCACAGCCUCAGGCAUCCCCGACUUCAGGCCUCUCAGGCCCCCGGAGCAGACUCCUAACAGCAGAAGAGCAGAUUCCUUGUUCUUGGAGGAAUGUUAGAAUUUUAAGGGGCCCCCAUGGCGUCUGGACGAUGGAGGAGCAGGGCCUGGCCCCCAAGUUCGACACCACCUUUGAGAACGCGCGGCCCACGAAGACUCACAUGGCACUGGUGCAGCUGGAGCGCGUGGGCCUCCUCCGCUUCCUGGUCAGCCAGAACGUGGACGGGCUGCACGUGCGCUCCGGCUUCCCCAGGGACAAGCUGGCAGAGCUUCACGGAAACAUGUUUGUAGAAGAAUGUGUCAAGUGUAAGACGCAGUACGUCCGGGACGCCGUCGUGGGCAGCAUGGGCCUGAAGGCCACCGGCCGGCUCUGCACCGUGGCCAAGUCAAGGGGGCUGCGGGCUUGCAGGGGGGAGCUGAGAGACACUAUCCUGGACUGGGAAGACUCCCUGCCUGACCGGGACCUCACUCUGGCCGAUGAGGCCAGCAGGAACGCGGACCUGUCCAUCACGCUGGGCACCUCCCUGCAAAUCCGGCCCAGCGGGAACCUGCCCCUCGCCACCAAACGCCGCGGAGGCCGGCUGGUCAUCGUCAACCUUCAGCCCACCAAGCACGACCGCCACGCAGACCUGCGUAUCCACGGCUAUGUAGAUGAGGUCAUGACCCGGCUCAUGAAGCAUCUGGGCCUGGAGAUCCCGGCCUGGGACGGCCCCCGCGUGCUGGAGAGGGCGCUGCCACCCCUGCCUCGCCCACCCACCCUCAAGCUGGAGCCCAAGGAGGAGGCCCCCGCCCAGCUCCACAGCCCAGCGCCCGCCAGCCCCAAGCAGGAGCCCACAGCUGAGCCUGGCGCCCAGCACAACGGCUCCGGGCCCGCCAGCCCCAAAAGGGAGCUGCUGGACAGUCCUGCUCCCCGCAGGCCCCCCAAAAGAGUGAAGACCGAGGUGGUUCCCAGCUGACCAGGGGGCCUGGGGAGGGCGGGGCUCUUUGUAGAAACCAUGGAUUCUUUUUUUUUUCUUACUGGUUUCACUUUGUUACUUGUGUCUGUCCUUGGGGGGAGACCUCAGGGUGCUGAGAGCUGGGCUCCAGGCCCCGGGGCAGACUUGCCCUCCAUUGCACCUCCCUUUAGCUUGGGGCCUCUGGAGGGGGCCUGGGAAGGAGCAUCCCCCCUGGACCCUGACCUUGGAGCUGACACCCCCCCACCCCGUACCUGCUCCAAGCCCAGGCUCCAGCCUCUGACUCAGGAUGUUCCUGGGAGGUGUGGCCAGGCCCUCUGUGGUUUCCUCUGACCCCUGGGCCCUCACACUCUCCAGCCCCUGCCUACCCCGGACAGCCUUCACAGUCCCUCCAGGAGGGAAGGGAGGCAGGGCCAUCAUUUAGGAGCCAAACUUCAUGGCAGGACAGACAAUAGAAGCUCACACUGCCUUUGGGGCUGGAGGAAGAAGGGUGGGUCCACCUGGCUUCCUCCAGGCUUCCAGAAAAGCCUUCAAUGCAAUAAAAGAAUUUCUUGCA